GAAACAAAGCAAAAGAUAAACAAAUGAAACGAUUACUUCGUAUUCAGUUUGAAAAGUGUUGCUUUUCGUCAUGCUCAUAAGACACUUGAUACUAUAAUUUAAUUUUUGCACAUAUUUAUCAUGGUACAUAACGCGAACAUAAUUUAUCGCAACUAGAUGAAAAUUUGAUGUAAACACGUAUUUUCCAGUUAUCUAUUUUUCAGUAUAUGCCGAUACGUGGAAGUAACUGCAAUGGUGUUUUUGUAUGUUCCAAAUAAAUUAGGAUUACUGUAGCAAAGUCCAGACGUGUGGUAUUCAGAACACUUUAUUCUGUUCAGAAAUAACUGACAGCCCAGUAUCACUGUGAAAGUUCGUACGACUGGGCUUCAAGUUUACUACCUCAGAGGAGGGUCUUCAUGUAUGCACCUGCAUUUCAUCAUUCCCCAAAAAUACCCAUAUUUGUCCAACACAGUAGUUUGCAGCACCGAGCACAUGUGUCAACUAAUUCCUCAGUGGGCAGUAACUGGAAAAGUUGGCAUGGGUUCAGGAAACAUCUUCUGCGAUUAUGGAGACCACUGCCUACAGGGGUUGGGUUGGUACUACUAGUUUUAUUGCGCUGGCGAUAUAUCAGGCAGAAGGAUCCCAGUUCUGAUAGUAAGACUGCAGAUGUAGCAAAAGGUUGGGAGAUCACGUGCUAUCGAGCGGUUCCUCUCCGAAUGCUGAGUCGAAUAUGGGGCUGGAUAACUAACAAACAGUUACCUCUGUCAGUUCGACCGUUUGUGUAUAAUUAUUACGCCUCAACAUUUGGUUGUAAUCUGCAAGAAGCAGCCUAUGAAGAUCUCACAUCGUACAAAAGUUUAGCAGAAUUCUUUUGUCGACCGUUAAAGGAUGGUGUUCGGCCUAUUGACAAAAUCGAUUGCAUUGUAUCGCCAGCAGAUGGUCAUGUGAUUAGCUUUGGCCCUGUUGAUACAUGCAAAGUGGAACAGGUGAAGGGCGUGACGUAUUCAUUGCAGCAGUUCCUUGGGGAUCCCACGUGGAGUAGCAAACUCUCACAUUCAUAUGCAGACCAUGAUACAGAUACACUCACUGCAUCUGACUACAAGCAGUCCCUGCUCCUAAACAAAGAUACUGCUCUGUACCAGUGUGUGGUGUACCUGGCACCGGGAGAUUACCACCGGUUCCACUCGCCCGUUAACUGGGAUGUCACCUUCAGGAGACAUUUCCAAGGAGAACUCCUUAGUGUGAACCCAAAGGUGGCACAGUGGAUACCUGACCUGUUUACGUUGAAUGAGCGGGCUGUAUAUGUGGGUCGUUGGAAGCAUGGUUUCUUCUCACUGACAGCUGUUGGCGCGACAAAUGUCGGCUCCAUUCAUGUUUACUGUGAUAAGGGACUCGUUACAAACCAGCGUAAGUGGCAGAUGAUGAAGUCCCGGCACAAAGAUUCGUUCCUGGUGGAUAUGCAGGGAGAGACGGUCGAGAUGCGCAAAGGACAGCCGUUUGGCGAAUUCCGCCUAGGUUCCACAGUUGUGCUUUUGUUUGAAGCUCCAAAGGACUAUAAGUUCAAGCUGAGGACAGGCCAGCGAAUUCUAGUGGGCGAAGGCGUUAGCGAGUGUCACGUAGAGUAGCGUAGAGCAAAGUUUAGAAAACCUGCGAGUGGAGUGAUGAUGUGAAAGGCUGUGCCUUCAGACUGAGAUGCAAGUGUGUUUUCCUACCGUUGGUUGCUAUCGUCAUGUAUGUAAUAUUCUGUUUGCUUAAAAAAACUAUUCUGCAGCAGAAACUUGUAUUCUUCAUUUAAAGUGUUGAUAUUUCUUUCAUAAUGCCAUAUUACCCUCAGUGAGUCAUUGCUGUAAUCCAGUACAGGCAUACCUCGUUUUAUU